AUGGCUGCCAUGAUCAAUGCACUAAAUGGUACUCUACCACCAGCAUUACCAGGUAGAGCUACUGAUACCACAGUUAUUUCAGCACAUAAUAUUCAUAUAGAUAAGGAUUGGUCUCUUGCUAGAAGGUGUCCUGUAGAUGCUAGUAUAGCAACUAAUACACCAAAUAGACUAGCUACUAAAACAAAACCAAAAGCACCUUUUCAUCAGGGUAUUACUACAGAAGAUGUUAAUAGGAUUGUAAAUAGUAGGAUUCAGACAUUACAGCAAUCAACACUAAAUCAAUCACCAGCAUCUUCUUCCGGUCAGGAAAAUAUUACUAAGGCUGAUUUACAAGCUGUAGCUAAAUCCUUGCAAGAGACUAUGUCUUGA